AUUCUACAGCAGCUUAGGAAAGCUUGGACAAAGAUAAAUCCUACCCAGUUGGCUCUUGCUUAAGGAAGAGACAGGAAACAUGGCCACUCCGACAGAAGGCGCUGCGGGGCUGUCCCAAACUAGCCAGAUUGUUCUAGUAGUUGCAGGCGUCAGCGCGGUGGCAUUUGCUGCCUACCUGCUCUAUGGACUGAUCGGCCUUGUGCGGGUGGUGGCGGGCGCGCUGGCGCCGGCACAGAGUGCCAAGCCCAAGGCGUCAAAGAAGUCGGUGGUUAGCAAGUCGAAGGGUUCGGACAGCGAGGCCGAGCCGGUGGCGACUGGUCCGGCCAAGGAGCGGGGCCCGGAUCUGAAGUCACUUAUCAAGGCGGAAAAGACCGCAGCCAAGAAGAAGGGUGUCGUAAAGGAGGACCCGCACCACGAGCUCUUUGUCAACACGCUCAAGGACCACGCGGACACGGUGCACUCGGUGGCCUGGUCGCGCGACGGGCGCUACCUGGCAAGCGCGUGCGAGGACAUGCAGCUGCGCCUGUUCGACCUGGCGGAUGUGGCCAACAGGAACCCCAAGUUCAAGCGCAUCAAGACGGCCCGCAUCCCCAUUGGCGUGGGCUUUGGCGACGCGCCCGACGCGCUGGCGGCGGCGAUGCGCGGCACGCCCGACACCAUGGUGGCGCUGUACGCGCCCGUGGUGAAGCAGGCGGGCGACGCGCCGCAGUACGACGCCAAGUGGACGGUGGGCAACGUGCACGGCAAGGAGACAGUGCUGGCCAUGGCCUCUGUGUCCAGCGACGCGGCGAUCGGGCGGCGCGGCUACAUUGUGAGCCUGUCCACCAAGAAGGACGGCAAGCUGUUCGACAUGGCGGGCCGCGAGCUGGCUGAGUUCGAGCCCAACGCGCUCGCCAACCAUGACCUGGCCGUGUCCCUGGACGGCCGCUUCAUCGCCGCCGCCACCUUCAGCAGCGACGUGAAGAUCUGGGAGAUGAAGUACACGCGCGAGGGCGAGUUCCGAGGCCUGAUCAAGGCCAUGAACCUGUCUGGCCACAAGAGCCAGGUGGCGUGUGUGGCGCUGUCGUCGGACAACCGCCGCGCCGCCACCGCCUCCAAGGACGGCAUCCUCAAGAUCUGGAACAUUGACGUGCGGUACGAGAUGUCGGAGGACCCCAAGGUGCUGCUCUCGAUGCCCAUGCCGCUGCCUGAGGGCCGUGUGUACCAGCGCCUGGCGUUUGGGCCACCCGGCUCCGACCUGCUGGCGGCGUCGUACGAGGGCAUUGUGCAGCUGAUCAGCCUGCGGUCCGGAGACCUGCUGGAGCGCAUUGACGCGCACGACUCCACCAUUACCAGCAUUCGCUGGUGCCCGGUCCCGCGGCCGCUGGGCGGCGAGCAAGCACCCGUGUUCGUCUUCGCCACCAGCAGCCGAGACAAGCGCGUGCGCGUGUGGCGCGCGCCCAAGCUCUGACCGACCAGACGCUAGUUUGCUGGAAGUGGCGUUUGGUGUCAGACGUCGGCGGUGCGGCGGGUGUAUGAGCUGCAGAAGUGAGCGCUGUCGUAUCUUGGACUGCCAAGCAUUGAGCGCUUGCUUGCAAAGCGAGAGGGACAUGGGACGCGCGGCGUGCGACUGCUUGGUGUUGGUGCAUAUGCUACGGCAGCAAGCCAGUGUACAUGCUGCUGAUGAUGAAGUAUCGCAGUUACGCCCAUGCGGAACAGCAGGUUAGGUGGGUUCUCGCCCUGGUUCGCGGCUUUGGUGUCCGGCAGGCAGGAACACGGAGCUUCUGGCCCACGGUUCUGGCCAGCUGCGAGUAGAAUGGUUCGCUGUUACGCUUUCUGCAUACUCGAGGCGCUUAAUCGAAUCGAUUAGCAAAGCAUAUCAAUGAGAUCAUUCAGCCAGGGGGGGGGGGGUAGGAAACAAAAUGCCAGACCCCAUGCCCCGAAAUCCCCCGGGACCCCCCUUGAGGGGA